UACUGUGCAACUUGCAUUAAUUAAUACAAUCAAAUUUGCAAACCAUAUGGUUGUAUUGUCUUUACUGUGAAUAAUCUAAACUCCUACUGUACAUGCUUGGAGAGGAGGAAAUGUGAGAUUAAAUUGCAACGUGUAACUUAACCAAUAGAUGUUGCUAAAUCCUUCAAACUGCACCUUUUUAAAAUGGUCAUGAGCACGUUCUUCAACCAUGAAAUCCAGAUAAGAGCAUGACACAGUGAGAAUCAGGCAGCUGCUGUGUUGUACACAUACAGUAAACUACGUAGAGAGUCUGUCAGAGUGAACGCUGACAACAGGAGAGGACAGAAAAGAGAAAAAUACUCGUCCAUGGCCGAACAGGCGUUACUGUUGGCUGUCGGCCUGUCUGUGAGCCUUCUGUCACUGCUGCUGCUUGGUCUGAUCGUAUGUUACCUGUGGAGGAGGAGGAGGAGAGAGCAGGGUCAGUACGAGGAGCUGCCCUCCACGGUGCCUUCAGUCCCAGCACACUCUGCUCCGGCGAUCCUGGUCUCUCAGUGCACCUGGACCAUGCCGGGUGAGAUCCCUUUCACUGUGCCUCCUCGCCUAAUGACACAAAAGCAAGGUGAUCUGACCGCAGAGGAAACGGAUGAGACGGAGAUGAAGAUGAAGCUGGAGACUCAGCGGGACAUACUAGCUCAUCGUGGGUCACUCUCAGUAAGAAGUUGGUAUCCAGUGGGGACGGUGCUUGCUGGUCUCUAUUCCGUUCCUCCUCUGAACGAAGUGGUGGCCCCUCCACCGGGUAUGGCCACGCGCCUCUGCUUCUCUGUGGAGUACCGACACAGUGGGGAGCAGCUCAUGGUCACAUUGUUCCGCCUGGGCAACCUCCCUCCACGGUUCCACAGCAAUGUGACGCUGGUGGAGCUUCGGCUUCUGCCUGACGACCGGCGGCCACGACAGGCCAAGGCCCGAGGCACGGGCCCUGACCCGGAGUUCCACGACUGCUUCAUUUUCCAGGUGUCGGGAGUGUGCGUUCCUCAGAGCACCCUGAGCGUGUGUGUGCUCAGUGUGGAUCAGGACGGGAAACGGCAUGCAGUGGGCAGGGUGCUCUUCCCUCUUGAGGGUGAGCUGGGUCAGGCUGGACGGGUUCUAUGGAGAGACCUGGACACAGAGGAUGACACGCAGUGCUCAGAGCUGGGUGAUGUGCAGGUGUCUCUCAGCUAUAGUCGGACUCUGCAGCGCCUCACUGUGGUGGUUUUAAGGGCUCGGGGGCUUCAGCUGCUCACAGAUGCAGGUGUGUGUGUGCAGGUCAGCUUGCAGAUACACACUCAGGUGGUGAAGGUCAAGCGCAGCUGUGUGGUAAGAAGGGACACCGACCCGCGCUUCGACCACAGGAUGACAUUCAAACUUCGCUCACAGCACUUGGAUGAAGCCUGUGUGAGCUUUGAGCUGCAGCAGCUAAAUCACGUCGACUCAGAGUCUGCGGUCCUCCUGGGUGUUCUGGUUUUAGGUCCCUUCAUGUACGCCAGGGGCCCACAGCUGCAGCAUUGGAUGGACAUGGUCAACACGCCACAGGAGCCGGUUGAGCUGUGGCACAGACUGAGCAGGGCCACCUAACACCUGAUUCACACACGUGAUGAAUAAAAUAAAAUAAAAUAUUAAA